UUCAAGGGUUGCUAGAGCUGGUAGGAGCUCGCUAUUGGUUCUAUAUAUGCCCUUGGCAUUGGAUUUUGCCAUCAGCAGAGCAUACAAGACCCGGUCGAUCUAACUACCAAAGCUACAAGCUUGCGGCAUCUGGGCAGAAAAUGGAGCGGGCGGUACUAUCAAUCCAGAUUAUAAAGAAUAUCACUAAUGGGUUCACUGAUAUAAUCGGCGAAGGUUCAUUUGGAGUAGUUUAUAAGGGAAAGUAUAAUGGAAAGCAAGUUGCCGUGAAGAAACUUCGAGAAUCGUCCCAAUUGAGUGAAACAGAUUUUGAGAAAGAGGUUCAGAUUCUGAAAUUGGUCGAUCACCAAAAUAUAGUGAAGCUAAUUGGCUACUGCUGCCAAAGAGAGGAUCCGACGGAGCAACGCCCAAGUUUUGGUUCUCGAGACGUGGUGGAGAAAUUCCUCUGUUUUGAAUAUGUCCCGAAUGGAAGCCUUGAUAAAUGUAUCUAUGGUGAACCUUCCAAACUUGGUUGGGACAAACGCUUCAAAAUAAUUAAAGGUAUCUGUAAAGGUCUGGAUGCAUUACAUGGACAAGGAAGACGUAUUAUUCACUCGGAUCUUAAUCCUGCCAACAUUCUGUUGGACGACAAUAUGGAGCCCAAGAUUGCAGAUUUUGGUUUAUCAAGGAUCUUUGGUGAAAACCAGACACAUACUCGCAUAACCAAUUCUAAGAGUGCAAUGGAAUACAUGGCUCCCGAGUACUUGCAGCGAGGUCAACUAUCAAUCGAGUCGGAUAUAUAUAGUUUAGGCCUUUUAAUAAUUGAGAUCACGACGGGUGAGAAAAACUGCUCAGACGAUGAAUUAUAUACCACGGACUUCACUGAAGAUGUACGCAAGAAUUGGACAAAUAUGCCCUAUAUAAAAUUGAAGUACCCGGCAUUAAGCUCAGAUGGCUACCGUCAGGUAGAAGGAUGCAUUAAAAUUGGGCUAAAUUGUCUCAGCAAAAAGCGGAAGGACAGACCCAAUUCAGCAAACAUCGUUCACAAGGUCGACCAAAUUGGUGCAGGCUCAAGCUCGGUGUUUCACAGGUGUGAAAGUUCAUGGAUCUAUGGAACAAAGUAAUUUUAUACGGAAAAUGGAGGAUUUUCAAUCCGAAGAACGAAAAAAAAAAUCCGAAACCUUUACUUAGUAAGCCCUAAAGGUCGCCUCGGAUCAGUGGAAAGGAAGGUUGCAACAUGUAAGGCUUAGCAACCUGUCACUCUGUCAGUCAAAAGCGUGAGCUAGUGUGGAGAUUCUUUCUUUAGAGAUAUUGACAGGGAUCAUUAGUCCAUGAUAGCCUUGUAAUAAUUAACUCAGCCGAGAACAAUAUGCAAAUGACUUCAAGAGAGUCUUCAAA